AUGUCCACGACUGCCACCGGAGAACCAGCAUCCUUCGAGCUUCCUCAACUGUCCAACAUGGGCUUGUUUCGUUCACGCCAGCAGGAAUACCAGCCUAUACGGGGCGAUGCAGAAAGAGACGAUGAGAGUAUACAAGAUGGGCCGGAGGAGGACACAGUCGUGCCUGAGACGCCCUUCUCGUGGCUCGAAUACGCCAUCUUCGUCCUGCUUGGUAUAGCAAUGCUAUGGGCCUGGAACAUGUUUCUCGCCGCAGCACCCUACUUCCAGCACCGUUUCCGGGGAAAUCAAUGGAUCCUAAACCACUUCCAAGCCGCUGAGGUGUCGGUCUCGACGGUCACGAACCUUGGGUCGAUGGUGACCUUGACGAAACUGCAAAAGGGGGCAUCAUAUCCGAAGCGCAUCAUAUCAUCCCUUGUGAUCAACACUGCGGUGUUUGCUGUGCUGGCUCUGUCAACGCUCGUUUCCACGUCCGCAGGCGUGUACUUCGGCUUCCUCCUCGUGGCCAUCUGCGCGGCCAGCUUCUCUACUGGCCUCAUACAGAACGGCUUGUUCUCAUUCGCAUCAGGGUUUGGCAGAAGUGAGUAUACACAGGGAAUUAUGACCGGCCAGGCGAUCGCCGGGGUGCUACCGCCCCUGGCGCAGAUUAUCUCGGUUUUGGUGGUCCCAGUCAAGAAGGACGGCAGUGGUGCAGACACGGCGGAUGAAUCUCCUACUUCAGCAUUGGUCUAUUUCUUGACGGCCACUGCUAUCUCAGUCAUUGCUCUCUUGGCUUUCUUUUAUCUUCUGAAGAGAGAGGCGAGAAACCGAGCCCUCCAAUCGGCGGCGAAAUCCACAGCCGAUGAGGCCUCUGAAGGAGACGCCCUGACAACGGGCAGUGUGGCGGCGGCAGCGACAGAUGAAGGGUUGGACGAGCCCAACAAGGAACGGCCUUCGGUACCGCUGAGCACGCUCUUCUUCAGGAUGCCCUUCCUUGCGGCCGCAGUCUUUAUCUGUUUCGCCGUCACUAUGGUUUUCCCAAUCUUCACGGCGUCGAUCGAGUCGGUCAACAAUAUCGACUCGGCAAUAUUCAUCCCAUUAGCCUUCCUGUUAUGGAACAUUGGCGAUCUAGCAGGUCGACUGGUUACGCUGUGGCCGAGAAUCUCCCUCACACACUAUCCUUUUGCCCUGUUCUGCAUCGCGAUGGCACGACUGCUGUUUAUCCCGUUGUAUUUCCUCUGCAACAUCAAAAACAAGGGCGGUGUGGUGAGAAGUGAUUUCUUCUAUUUGAUUAUUGUGCAGCUCCUAUUUGGCUUGACAAACGGGUACUUGGGCAGCGAGUGCAUGAUGGGAUCAGGACAAUGGGUGCCACCAGAAGAGAGGGAGGCAGCAGGGGGUUUCAUGGGAUUGAUGCUUGUUGGUGGGCUUACCGUGGGGAGUCUAUUGAGCUUUUUGCUCGGGGAUAUCUAG